CUGUGAAGUGCUCUCUUUGAGGAUCUCACUAUAUUCUAAACGUUUCCAGAUAUAAUUUACAAAAGGUCAUACAUUCUGUGACUGAAGAAGGAAGAGCACAUAGUGUUGGCAGUCAUGGAGUCUAGAGCAUUCUUUCUGUUGAUGAUCUGCUGGUUUAUGAAUGUCGGCAAUCUACAUCCACUCUUCCGUCCCAGUAAUGGACUUCGUGAGUGUCGCAAAAACUCAACUUUAACAGCACUGGAGGUGCUACCAGGUGGAGGCUGGGAUAACCUGCGUAACUUAGACAUGGGACGGGUGAUGAACCUGAGCUAUGCCCAGUGCCAGACCACAGAGGAUGGUGUUUAUCUAAUUCCAGAUGAAGUCUUUGUCAUUCCACAGAAAAUGAGUGGAAUAGAAAGAAACUCUGAGAUCAUCACAUCAUGGCUGGAACAGAAAAGCUCCACUUCAAGCUCCAUUAACGCUGAUGCUUCCUUCUUUCCGAUGAUCAAUGCAAAAUUCUCUACAGAAAACCAACGUAUGAAAACCCACCAAGUGAAAGAUAAUUCUGUAACAGCACGAGUUCAAGUACGUAACCAUCUCUACACAGUAAAAGCGUUUCCUGAUUUCAUUUUGGACUCGCGCUUUGCUCGCCAGGCAGAGGAAAUCGCAGAUGCUAUUGAGAACAAUCAAACUCGUCAAGCAACUUAUCUGUCAGAGAAAAUCAUACUUGAUUAUGGUACUCAUGUCAUCACAAGUGUUGAUGCUGGUGCCACUUUGGUGCAGGAGGACUAUUUAAAAAUGUCUUUUGUCUCUAACAGUCACUCAGACAUGUCUUCGGUGUCUGCCUUAGCAGGUAUUAACUUUUUUAAAAAAUUUGCUAUUGGUGCUAGUACAUCCAAAGUGACAUCUGAAACCAGCAGUUAUCAGGGUAACAUCACAUAUUCUAUAGUUCAGAGCCAUGGAGGGGCUUUAUUCUACCCAGGCAUCACACUGCAGAAGUGGCAAGAGAGCACGCUUAAUAAUCUGGUUGCCAUUGACCGCUCUGGGCUGCCUCUAGACCAUUUUCUAAAUCCAUCAACAUUUCCAGACCUCCCAGUACCAACAGUUAAUAAAAUGGCUUUAUCAGUCCGUCAGGCAGCAGAGCGCUACUACAAGGUAAAUAUCAUUCCUGGGUGUGUAAAUCCGGAUUCCAAAAAUUUCAACUUUCAGGCAAAUGUGGAUGAUGUAUCCUGCGAGGGUCCGGUCACCAAUUUUAGCUUUGGUGGCAUUUACCAAAAAUGUGAUCCAUUAACAUCAGAUGGAAAUGCCACGUGUGAUGAGCUAGCACAGCAAAAUCCAGCCACUGGGAAUUAUUCAUGCCGUCAUCCGUACAUUGCAACUCUGUUACGCUCUGAGACAGUAGAAAGAGGUUACAAUCAUUAUGAGUGCCAAAGUCACUGUCAUCGUUGUGGUUUUCUAUGGCUGUCUACUUGUUGUGACCAAACAUGUGGUGAUGUUUACCGUGUCCGUCGUGAAAAAAUUGACACUUUCUGGUGUUCCACAACUGAGAAAUCUCCUGAGUAUUCUGGAUAUCUUUUUGGAGGUUUAUUUGGAUCAUCUUUGAAAAACCCAUUGACCAAAUCGAAUGGCUGUCCUCCAAAUUUCUUUGCUCAAAAUUUUUUGUCUAAUGGCAUGAUGGUUUGUCUGAGCAAUGAUUAUGAGACAGGAACAAGAUUCUCUGUGCCUUUUGGAGGUUUCUUUAGCUGCCAAUCUGGUAACCCUCUUGCAAUGGGUAAAUCUCACUGUCCACCUCAGUUCAGCCAACAUCUUGCUGCCAUUAGUGAUGGCUGUCAGAUAUUGUACUGUGUCCAGUCAGGUGUGUUCACUAGUGGACAGUUAACACCUGUUCGCCUCCCACCAUUCACAAAACCACCACUGGUCAGCAUGAUUGCGACAAACACUGUAGCUGUAAUGACUGAAGACGAUCGCUCAUGGGUGAGAGUUGGAGAAGCUAAGAUGUGGCGUCUGGCAAAGACUGGUGAGAUUAGGCAAAUGGCAUUAACGUUUGACAGCUCAUCUUAUCAGAUGUCUGUAGAAGAGAAGGCUGGUGUAACUGUUGGUGUAAUGGUUUUGAUUGCUCUUGUGGUGGCAGGAACAGUGUUGGUAGUUAAAAGACGAAGUAAAUCUGCUGGCAGUGUUUAUGAACAGUUUCAGAGUGAAGGCCAAAGUGAGUGUGGUGUAGAAAUGAAGAGAAACCAACAGAAUGAGAAUGCAAAUGAACAGAAUAAUGAUACCUGAUGACUAUUUAGUGAUUUACAGUUAAUAUUGCAUUGCAUAAAUGCAUUAUAUCACAAUUAGUAGUAAUAGCAGUAGUGGCAGAUACACGUGUUAUAGCAGCAGCAGUAGUGACCUCAUCCAGUAAACAUUCUCUAAAGAUAAAUUAUCACAUGUUUUACACAUAACAAUAAAGCAUCCAAAUAAAUCUAUAAUAUAAAUAGGCCUACUGUUGUGUAUUUCUAUAUAUACUUAUAUUUUCUAUUCACUUUUUAUUUUAAUCAUUUGUUUUUAUUAUUAUCUCUGUCUUGUUGUUGUAUUGCUUGUA